AUGCCAAUUGAAUUGAUCCUUUCUCCCCUCAUGAGACCGGCAGUCCAUGCCAAAUCAAUUUUAUUUGCUCCUCAUCGUAAUGCUUCACACUAUGUCCCAAAAAUCAAAGAACUUCCCCCACCAGAAACCAUUUCGCAGUAUGCUGUAAUAAGAAGAAUUGGUACUGGCAGUAAAGUGUUUGACGUUUUUGAUACCCAAAGAGGUAAAUUCCCUACUGGACCAAAAGAUCCUAACGAAAGAACCUUUUGGUUCAAACGUUCACGUGCCGCCAAAGGUGGCUAUACAAUGUUUUCCCAAGAUAUUCUACACACGGGACCAAAUGGUGAAGAUGAACCUAUUGCCAAUGUCAGAGCUGGAUUGAGAGGCAAUGUUCUAUUAAUACGAGCUCCUCAGGCUCCUGCUGCUGAGUUGGGAUGGCAUAUAAUCAAUCAUCGUGUGGAUGCUAUUGAUACAUACAGAAUGUUUACCCUAUGUGAUGGCAAUACCUAUCAGUGGACCUAUCGAGGACAAUGGCUUGAAAAGGUUUCUAAUGUUGGAGAGAAGGAGUCAGAAGUUCGAGAAAGGAUAGGCCGAGUCGUCCCCAAUGGUGAUUUUGGGUUUACCUUGUUUAUUGAUGAAUCGAAAAUGAUUCGAGAAAUGGCAUUAAGUACUGCAUUGUGCUCAUACAUUGAUCAGUGGAACACUAAUCUUGAAGUCGGAGGAAUUUAUUAUGGACGCCAAAAGGGACAGGUACGUUGGAAGAGGGAUUGA